CUCUUCUAACAGGUAGGAAGGCAGCUAGUAACACGGCAAACCCUGGCACGCCGGUUCCUCUUAACUUGGCUCAGGAGACUUUCCACGCUUCUUACUACUGCCAGUAAGACUACGGACAAUUUCAAGUGAUCUCUGUCCCCUCUGUAUGGCUUGAGUCGCUAAAUGCUCAGCCCUGUGGAUCCAGGUUUUGCUUGGUUCCCACCUUGCCUCUUCCACUAUCUAUAACCCCCGAGCUAGCUAGGGACCUACUACUAGUAUCAUGACCCAUCAGGCCAAACGACGACGGGUUGGAACUCAGCCAAAUGCCACUGUAGGCAAUGGCAUCGAGUGUCUGGACGGCUCAUACUCACCAGCAUCGAAAUUCGAUCAGGAUGCCUGGAAUGGAUUCUGUGAGCUGGAAUCGGAACCUGCUCUUUUCAAUGUGAUGCUCCGGGAUUUCGGCGUAAAGGGGGUCAAAAUUCAAGAAGUCGUGUCGCUUGACGAGGAGAUGAUGACAUUUUUGAAUAAACCCAUAUAUGGUCUGAUCUUUCUGUUCCGUUGGCGCGAGGAUGAUUCAGAUAAGCAAGAACCAAGCUGCCCGGAGGGCCUCUGGUUUGCUAACCAGACAGCCAGCAAUGCUUGCGCUAGUGUGGCACUUCUGAACAUCGUCAACAACAUUAAAGGUAUCGACCUUGGGGAGAAUCUACGGAGUUUCAAAGACUUUACCAUGCCGUUCACACCCGCACUGAGGGGAGAUGCAAUAAGUAACUUCGAGUUUGUCAAAAGGAUACAUAAUUCAUUCGCGAGGAAAAUGGACAUGCUUAGCUCAGACUACCAGCUUAAAGCCGAGGCUACAUCCAAGCGAAGUCGCCCAGUCAAGAACAAGCCUGCAGAUAAUAAAGCAGAUGCAAGUUUUCAUUUCAUUGCCUUCGUCCCUGCCUUGGGUAAAGUUUGGAAGUUCGACGGCUUAGAACGUCAACCUCAGGCGCUUGGCUCUUGCGCAUCAGACGAAGAUUGGCUGAGCCUGGUAAAGCCUGAUAUUCGUACCAGAAUGGAGGCAUAUGAAGAAGAUCAAAUAGAGUUCUCCAUUCUGAGUGUUGCUAGAGAUCCGCUCCCUGAGCUUGUCGAUCAAUUAGCUACCAACGUAAAGAGCCUAGAGAUUAUUCAAGAGCGCUUGAGCUCGAUUCACGAGAGCUCAAUUGACCUUGAAUCGACUCUGGCGGAUUCAGUAAGCGAAAAUACCAUCCUGGGGCCGGACGAAAGCUAUACGUUGACAAGGGAAACCAUUGACCAAGUGACUGUCCAUAAAACUCAAGAGAGAGAAUACCAGACAUGCUCAGUGGAAGAACUUGUUCAUCACCGGCAGAGGCUGGGUCAUGCUCAGCAGGACCUACGAGCAGCAAUCCGAGAAGAGCAACAGUCUCAGCAGGUGGAUGAGGACUAUGCGGAAGGACGAAGAUAUGAUUAUGGCCCGGCCAUUCGAACGUGGUUACGUUUUCUAGCACGAAAAAGGCUGAUAGAGGACUUGUUGUGAAGACUCCAUCAAAAUGAUCGUGUCGUUUUCGUUUGCCUUGUCGCCAUUCUCCAGAGAGGGGGUUUGAAAGGGGGUGGGGAGAGAAUAAUGUUUGUCUGUUGUACGUAGAGCGUGCACUAGGAGCACUUCACCGGGAAUGACCACAUUAGCGUUGAAUGGGCACAACAUAGCAUUUUUCGACAGACGAUCGUUGCUGUCCGGUGACUCUUAUUACUCGGUCAUCGAAACCAUGGAGGCUGUGGGAGAUGUCAUGAUAUGAGGUAAAACAUAGAAAGCGGAUGGAAUGCCCAUAUGGACGGACAACUUGGGCUUGGUAUAUUGCAGAUAGAUAAGACGCGAGGAUGGAUUUAGCUUAGAGCAUGCAGUAGGAAUCAAGUGUAAGUAUCAUGUGUGUAGUGAGCGCGUAAUGAACGAAUGGAAAAGACUAAAGUAGUACUAGUAGUUUACUACUAACUGCCCAAG